UGGGCGCGCACGGAAACACACACAGUCACCAGCCACCGACGGUUUCGGACCCGAUGGCUGCCUCUGCUCGCCACCUCUUCCUCGCUGCCUUAUCAGUGGCCGUGCUCGCCGUCGCGGCGCCUCGCUCGGCGGACGCGUGGGGCGGUGGCCGCUUCUUCUUCAGCAAGACCGCGCGUCCCGCGGAAGCCACCGUUGAGCCCGACAAGGCUGCGUCCGUGCCCACCCACGCCGCGGCCGCGGACACCGAUGCCGCGCCGGCGUUCUCGCGCCCCUCGACGGGCGGCGGCAGCGGCCGUGGGUACGGGCUCUACGGCCGCCCCGAGGAGAACUACCCGCCGGACUACUUCCGCCGUGGCGUGCACCGCAACGCCGAGAAGCUGACGACGACGACGACCGACGUGCCGGCCACCGCAGGUACCGUGGAGGCGGCGGGCCCUGUAAGAGGCCGCGGUGGCGACCGCGAACGCGUCCGGACGACGUUCCCCGAAGACGGCAGCGGUAGGGGCCGGCCGCCCACCGACGUGCCGGCCACCACCACCCGCACCGAGGAGGCAGGAGGCGCCGGAGGAGACCUCGACGGCGUCCAGCCGUACCCGGAAAACGGCAGCGGCAGGGGCCGGCCACCGUGGUACUACACGGGCUUCCACAGGCAGCAGGAGCAGGAGCAGCGGGACUACGGGAUGAGCGACACGAGGCUGUACCAGAACGGCCGCUACUACUACGACGUGGAGGCCGGCAGGUACGGCUACGGCCGCGAGUCGAACCCCAUGCGGACGCGCCCCGACGUGGAGGAGGAGGAGUUCGGCUCCGGGUACGGCCGACCCCGAGGCGGUAGCUACCACCAGCAGCAGCAGUACGGCAACGGCGAGGAGUUCGGGAAUGCAGCCAUGGAUCGGAACACGAACGGCGGGUUCCAGGAGGAAGCAGGCCAGAGCGGAUUAUACAUUCCAUGAGUUUGCAUCGUGUCAUGUGUCAGUACUCAGUCGUGUGUUACUACUACUACUACCAGUGGUGAUCGCAUCGUGUGCUCUCCUCGUUUGCUGCAAUCGAGUAGUUUGUGGGUAGAACCAGCUGCCUGCUUCUGUGCACGCCUACGUGCACUGACGGUGACGCAACCAAUGAAUUAAGUAGUGUGUGUGUGUACGUACUACAAUAGAAUCUUGUACUGUGUAUUGCAGAUCAAAAUGCCCACUGUAUAUCCACGUUACUGUUCAUGUGUCGGUGCACGCUGAUCCAA